AUGGCAGUCAAAACAAAGGAAAUACAAGAAAUUAAAAUGGAAACAAAAAGUGGAAAAAUAGCACUGCUGUACCUCAUGAGAAACAAGUACUUUUAUUCACUCUGUGAAGGCAGUACAGAAUUCUCUGACCAGUCAUUUGCACAGAAAUUGGUGGUGGUGACUGCACUGAAGUCAUUCCAUGUGAAAACCGACGCCCCCAGCGGGGAAACGAAACCGACGCCCCCAGCGGGGAAACGAAACCGACGCCCCCAGCGGGGAAACGAAACCGACGCCCCCAGCGGGGAAACGAAACCGACGCCCCCAGCGGGGAAACGAAACCGACGCCCCCAGCGGGGAAACGAAACCGACGCCCCCAGCGGGGAAACGAAACCGACGCCCCCAGCGGGGAAACGAAACCGACGCCCCCAGCGGGGAAACGAAACCGACGCCCCCAGCGGGGAAACGAAACCGACGCCCCCAGCGGGGAAACGAAACCGACGCCCCCAGCGGGGAAACGAAACCGACGCCCCCAGCGGGGAAACGAAACCGACGCCCCCAGCGGGGAAACGAAACCGACGCCCCCAGCGGGGAAACGAAACCGACGCCCCCAGCGGGGAAACGAAACCGACGCCCCCAGCGGGGAAACGAAACCGACGCCCCCAGCGGGGAAACGAAACCGACGCCCCCAGCGGGGAAACGAAACCGACGCCCCCAGCGGGGAAACGAAACCGACGCCCCCAGCGGGGAAACGAAACCGACGCCCCCAGCGGGGAAACGAAACCGACGCCCCCAGCGGGGAAACGAAACCGACGCCCCCAGCGGGGAAACGAAACCGACGCCCCCAGCGGGGAAACGAAACCGACGCCCCCAGCGGGGAAACGAAACCGACGCCCCCAGCGGGGAAACGAAACCGACGCCCCCAGCGGGGAAACGAAACCGACGCCCCCAGCGGGGAAACGAAACCGACGCCCCCAGCGGGGAAACGAAACCGACGCCCCCAGCGGGGAAACGAAACCGACGCCCCCAGCGGGGAAACGAAACCGACGCCCCCAGCGGGGAAACGAAACCGACGCCCCCAGCGGGGAAACGAAACCGACGCCCCCAGCGGGGAAACGAAACCGACGCCCCCAGCGGGGAAACGAAACCGACGCCCCCAGCGGGGAAACGAAACCGACGCCCCCAGCGGGGAAACGAAACCGACGCCCCCAGCGGGGAAACGAAACCGACGCCCCCAGCGGGGAAACGAAACCGACGCCCCCAGCGGGGAAACGAAACCGACGCCCCCAGCGGGGAAACGAAACCGACGCCCCCAGCGGGGAAACGAAACCGACGCCCCCAGCGGGGAAACGAAACCGACGCCCCCAGCGGGGAAACGAAACCGACGCCCCCAGCGGGGAAACGAAACCGACGCCCCCAGCGGGGAAACGAAACCGACGCCCCCAGCGGGGAAACGAAACCGACGCCCCCAGCGGGGAAACGAAACCGACGCCCCCAGCGGGGAAACGAAACCGACGCCCCCAGCGGGGAAACGAAACCGACGCCCCCAGCGGGGAAACGAAACCGACGCCCCCAGCGGGGAAACGAAACCGACGCCCCCAGCGGGGAAACGAAACCGACGCCCCCAGCGGGGAAACGAAACCGACGCCCCCAGCGGGGAAACGAAACCGACGCCCCCAGCGGGGAAACGAAACCGACGCCCCCAGCGGGGAAACGAAACCGACGCCCCCAGCGGGGAAACGAAACCGACGCCCCCAGCAGGGAAACCGAUGCCCCCAAAAUGUUUGUGGAAGUGCACUUCACAAUGUUGAUAUUGUGCUGGACUAUACUCAAGCACUGUAA